GAGCAGCUCGUUCUCUAACAGUAACGCACACCGCGAGCGGACUCACUGCUGAACGGGCGGCACGCGACUCUUCCUCACCACCACCACCACCUUCACCGUCCUCUUCCUCUUCCUCUGCAGAUGGAGGGAUGCUAACAGGAGAGCUUCAUCAUCAUCAUCAUCAUCAUCAUCAUCUCCAUCACCGUGCAUCAUCAUAGCGGAGGGACGGGGCUAGGAGCAGCAGCUCUCCGUGGGCUAAAAAGUUGAGGAGGAUCCGGUUUCAUAACGGAGCACCGGAGGGGCCCGUGCCCGGCGUUAACCCGGGAUAAUCCGCCUGACACGUAUCAUUUCUACUUUGGACUUCAUAGAAACGGAUCCGGUGGUUUUUGAAGGGGAAUAUCUUAUUGUGAGGCUCUUUAACCGGUCCCCGGUAGGCUGCUGAAACUGAUCUCCGGUGUGUUUCUCAACCUCUAACGUUACAAAAGGACACCUUGUUUUAUUCUCCUUCUUACCGGAUUUCCCGGUGUUUAAACUGACUUGUGUGUUUGAACUGAUCCGUGACGUUUUGAAGAUGCUCCCCAGGUGUGUGCUGUAACGGAACUGUUCAGUAACGGAUUUCCGACGUUUAACAGCCAGCAACUCCAUACCGGGUUUAGUCUGUGUUCAAACCGACAUCUGAGGUGUCAACGGAUUUCUCACGGUAGUGUAACGGACCCCCGGACGGUCCGGGUGGACUUAACGGUUCGCUGACCGACGGUAACCCCAGCCCCCUCCCCCGGUAGCCUGCUGCAAAAAGAAAUAGAAGAAGGAGAAACACGGUGCUCAUCUCAGGUGAGGAAGAACUGGUUUAACGGGAAAAAACGCGGGUCGAUGACCCUGAACCACAAGGGACCGACCACCGGUGGACACCGACCCGGGGCUCCACGCUUCCCAACGGGAGAGCGAGAAGACAAGUUACCGGAGGAGUUGGUCUGGACCUUAGACUUCCUCGCGGCCCGUUAAUGAUUGGAUAACGUUCAUUAGUAACAACAGACCGAUCUCAGUGAUUGUUGUGAUUUUUGACGGACACCAAAGCCCGCCUAUUUCUCCCGUUUUGUGUUCGGUUCCCCCUCCAACCGGAAUCCACCGAAUCGUAAAUCCGGUCUAGCCUCUUAAUAACAUUGAGCCAAAUGUUCAUGCAUCAGCCUCCCGAACUGUAAAGCAGAGGCCGUGUGAAUGACCUGCUCUACGGUAGCCCGGAAUAAACACACAUGCUGGCCUUAAGUUCUCCACUUAACCCCCUCCAGAGAGAAAGGGAGCGCGAGGCCAGGCUGCAGUGACAGAUAUUACCUCUCUGACACGACAUCUUACUGGAGAAGUCCACAAAAAAACCAUUUAAAACAUCACAUUUUAACUUAAAUUCUGACAAAGACUAGGCCUACUCAACCUUUCAACUGGUUAUUUUUUACGUAAAAAAAAUCAACCUUUAAUUCACAGGAAAACCGAAAUGUAAUCAUACAAAUAUCGUGGACAAACUGCAUCAGUGGCUCCUAACACUGGCCUUAAUGGUCUGGAAGGCGUCUUCAUCUCCCACUGCAUCAUCAUAAUAACCCCAUAAUAGCACGAUAGGGGGUUAUUUAUGCUUUAUCGCAGUUUUGGAAGAGCUUUAACUCAGAAGCAAUUAACUUUACAACAACCUGGAGACGGUGACCUGCUGCGUGUAAAUCUCCUGUGUUAGUUUAGGCUUUUGGUUCAGGAUCUCUGUCACGAUUGGUUCUAGAGCAAGUGGCUCAAAAUGGGAAAUUCCAUCAUCAAAAAGUGAUUUUUAAGGAAAACUCUGUGAGCAAAUCCAGCUACAGUGUGACUUCAGGUUGUUAACCAUCAUACACGGUCUUUAUUCUCCGUCCGACGCUUCUAUCUGUGGUGGUUUGGAGUUUAGCUUACCCAGCUGAUUCCCAGUGAAAGCCUAUGGAUGAUACGCUCACUGUAUAGCCACAUCCUCAACAGCAUCCCUCCUCCUCCUCUUCUUCAGGCUCCUCUAGAACUUGAAAUUGAGCCAUGCAGCAUUGAUUUUUUUUCUUUUUUUUUUCUCCUCACCGCAAAACCAAAACGCACACGAUCAUCUCCUUUCUGGUUUGUCAGUCUUGUUGCCUGAAAUGUAAAACGUGCCGCAGUGUGGGUUUUCCACCUGGAGCCACAGCUGAAGGACGUUAACGGUCGAGCAGCGGCGAGGUUCAGAGUUCCGCUUUCUCAGAAAUAUAACUGCUGCAGCGCAGACUGAGAACUGGGAGCUUUUGGAAGGACUAAAACACUCAAACUGCUCUUUUUCACAUUGAAUCGUCUGUAAACGAGCUGGAAUCAAAACCCGCGCAUCAAUGCGCUUGUUUCUGAGCCUGAACCUUGAGGACCUUUCUUUGUCGUUAGAGUGACACUUUGAGCUAAAUGGGACUAAACGACAGCAGCCCGGGCGCCAUGCGGAAUGGCCGCAGCCUCUCGGACCAGUGGGCGGAGUCUGUGGUGGUCCGGCCUCGAACCACCGAGCGCCACAUCACCGUGCACAAACGGCUGGUUCUGGGCUUCGCCCUCUCCAUCGUCACCCUCAUCAUCGUCACGGCGGUGGCCGUGGUGCUCAGCAUCCGCUUCGAGGAGUGUGGCGGACGAGAUCGUGACGGCGCGCCGGGCGAGUCGGGCUCGCGAGGCGCCGGAGGGUCGGGAAACAUGAAUGUGGACCGGGUGUCGGUCACGACAGAGGGCGGCGCCGGUGGUCGCCCCGCCAACAGGCCCGGGGGCGGAGCCAUGCGCAUCCACCGCCACUUCCCCUUCCCGACCAAUCAGAUGUACGUCGUGGUUCUGCACCGCGAGCUGAAGCCGAUGAGAGUGUACCGGCUGAACGUGAGCUUCGACGCCGCCAUCGAGGACGAGCUGCUGGGCUUCUUCAGGAGCUCGUACACCCUGCACAGAGAGAAACGUUACCUGGCCGUGACUCAGUUCAGUCCCAUCCACGCCCGGAAGGCCUUCCCCUGCUUCGACGAGCCCAUCUACAAGGCCACGUUCUCCCUCACCCUGCGCCACGACCCGCAGUACACCUCGCUGUCCAACAUGCCCGUGGACAGCAGCUCGCUGUCGGAGGAGGACGGCUGGGUGACCAACCGCUUCGCCCGCACGCCGCGCAUGUCCACGUACUACCUGGCCUGGGCCGUCUGCAACUUCACCUACAAAGAGACGCAGACCGACAGCGGCGUGACGAUCCGCCUGUAUGCUCGGCCAGAUGCCAUUUCUAGCGGAGCGGGGGACUAUGCUCUCCACAUCACCAAGAGGCUUCUGGGAUUUUACCAGGACUACUUCAAAGUCCAGUACUCACUGCCCAAGCUCGACUUGUUGGCCGUGCCCAAACAUCCCUACGCCGCCAUGGAGAACUGGGGGCUGAGCGUGUUUGUGGAGCAGAAGAUCCUAUUGGACGCUGAAGUGUCGUCGGCGUCCUAUCAGAUGGAGCUGACCAUGGUGGUCGUCCACGAAAUCUGCCACCAGUGGUUCGGGGAUCUGGUGACUCCGGUCUGGUGGGAGGACGUCUGGUUAAAAGAAGGUUUUGCUCAUUUCUUUGAGUACGUCGGCACCGACUUCCUCUUUCCAAAGUGGAACAUGGAGAAGCAACGCUUCCUGACGGACGUCCUUCAUGAGGUGAUGCUAUUGGACGGCCUACGCUCCUCCCACCCAAUCUCCCAGGAAGUGGAGAAAGCAACGGACAUCGACCGAGUUUUUGACUGGAUUGCCUACAAAAAAGGGGCGGCGUUGAUCCGGAUGCUGGCUAACGUCAUGGGACAGACGCUGUUCCAGAAAGGACUUAAUGACUACCUGCUGAGUCACAUGUACAGCAACGCAGCCAGAGAUGACCUGUGGAGCAAGCUGUCUCAGGCCAUGCGUUCGGAGGGGCGGGACAUCGACAUUGGACAGAUGAUGGACAGGUGGACUCUACAAAUGGGCUACCCAGUUGUAACCAUCAGCAAGAACCAAUCAGAGCAGCUCCCAACUCAUUACAUCACCGUCAGCCAGGAGCACUUCCUGUACGGGCAGGAAGGCAGGAGCAACAACAGUUUACAGUGGCAGGUCCCAUUGACGGUGGCUGUGGGAAAUGCAUCCAGUGUUUGUUCAGAGAGCCUCAUCUGGAUCAACAACAAGACAGAAACCCACAGGGUCAGUCAGAUGGACGACAACACCUGGUUGCUUGGCAACAUCAACCAGACGGGCUACUUCCGUGUGAACUAUGACCUCCAGAACUGGAAACUGCUGAUACAACAGCUACACAACAACCCGGAAAUAAUCUCCGUUGGAAACAGGGCGGGACUUAUCGAUGAUGCCUUUAACCUGGCCAGGGCUGGGUACCUCCCACAGGGCGUUCCCUUGCAGCUGAUUGGCUACCUGCCGGAGGAGCAGUCCUUCCUGCCGUGGCACUCCGCCAGCCGAGCUCUCUACCAGCUGGACAAACUGCUGGACCGCACGGACGAAUACAGCCUGUUCAGUGACUAUGUGCUAAGGCAGGUUGCGUCGCGGUACCAUCAGAUGGGUUGGCCAACCAACGGCCCCGGCAGCGAGGGCAACGUGCUGCAGGCGUCCUACCAGACUGAGGAGUUACAGAGGGAGCUCAUCAUGUUAGCGUGUAGCUUUGGGAACAAACAGUGCCACCGUCAGGCGGUCGCCUACAUCUCUGACUGGAUCUCCAGCAACAAGAACAGGAUUCCUCCCAACAUCCGAGACAUCGUUUACUGCACCGGGGUCAGUCUGAUGGACGAGGACGUGUGGGAGUUCAUCUGGAUGAAGUUUCACUCUACCAACGCCAUUUCAGAGAAGAAGAUCCUGCUGGAGGCUCUGACCUGCUCGGACAACACCUUCCUCCUCAACAGGUUACUGAACCUGUCUUUAACCUCAGACCUGGUCCCAGAGCAGGACGUGAUCGACGUCAUCAUCCACGUGGGCAGAAACCCGCAGGGUCGAAACCUCGGCUGGAAAUACUUCAGAGAAAAGUGGGACAUACUCAACGCCCGUUAUGGAGAGGCGUUGUUCAUGAAUUCAAAGCUCAUCGGGGGAGUCACAGAGUUCCUGAACACUGAGAAAGAACUUAAUGAGUUAAAGGAGUUCAUCCAGUCGAGCGGCGUGGGGGCGGGGCCUGCGCUGGCGCGGGCGCUGGAGAUCGUUGAGGGCAACGUGCGCUGGCACCGCCUCCACCGGCGGCCGUUCUACCAGUGGCUGCGAAAGCCUCCGAGCUCCGCGCUCGGCUAACGCUACGCCAGCCGGCCAGAGGGAAGCAACUGCAGCCUGACUGCUAACUUAAUGCUAACGCGCUGCUAGCUUACAGAUUCAGUCAGAUAGAAUGAAAACAAUGAAUGAAUGAAUGAUGAGAGAGUCUUAACUGGUUAUUCAGAUGAUUUCGCUACUCCUUUUUGCAUUGAAAGAGAUUUGUUGCAAACAUUUUAUUUCAGAUGAUUUAUUUCUUCAAAGCUGCUAGUUAGCAGUCACUGAUUCAGUAAUUGCUAGCUAGCAACUAGCGUCAGAGCUAUCCAAUGACUAAAUUGCCCCCCCCCCCACCUCCCAAAAGACUGACGAUGGACACAGAGAGAA